AUGAGAACUAUUUACGAAAUAAUAUGUGGAAUAAUAUUUGUAUUGUUAAAUAUUACUUUGGUAUCGGUUGUUUAUUACUACAAUAGACAUCCGAUUAAAAAAUAUGGAGGUAAAAAAUUAAAACCCGAAGAAUUAUCAAAAGUAAUAGCCAAAGAAAUUGGCAACCAACCACAAUAUUAUACCUACCAACAAAAGGAUAAAGGAAAGUAUAGCGUAUACGUGUUAAGUCAUACCGAUAAUUUAACUUAUCAAGAAAAAGAAUUCAAUUAUCCAGUUGAUUUUGAUGGUGUACCUGCAAAACUUAUGUUAGAAUCAAAUUUUAAAUUAACAUAUGAGGAAGAAGGUUUCAAAGUACGGGGAAUAAAACAAUCGUUUACAUGUCCAAAGGAUUACAAGUGGGAUAUAAAAUUAAAUAAAUGUAUUGAAAAGCCUAUUUGUAAUUAUUAUAAUGAUUCAGUAAUACGACUUUACGAUCGAUACUACAGUGAAAUAGAUAAUCCAUCAAUAACUCCAAUUACAAUAUUAACAGGUGAAAAUCCUCAUCCACGUUUAUAUAUAAGGUGUUCAUCUUUACAACAAAAACCAAUUAUUGAAGCUUGCUAUAAAGAAAAUGAACAAGUUAAUGAAAAUGCAUUUAAAGAUGUAACUGAUUAUAAUAAUAAUAAUAAUAAUAAUAAUAAUAAUAAUAAUUCAAUUAUUAAACCCUGUGAAUUAUAUGAUAUUUGUAAAAAUUAUCCUGACGGUACACGUCAUGCUUAUCGUAUAAAUAAUAUUUUCAGCCAAGCCCUUAAAAUAAACGAGUACUAUAAAUGCAUUGGUACUAAAAGUAAAAAAUUUCAUUGUCAACAAGGAUAUGAAUGUAAUGAAUUAUCUAUUCAUAAUAAUGAUAUUUGUAAACCAAUAGAUGACUGUCGACCAAAUAUUGAUUAUUAUUUUACAACAAAUCCUCAUUCAUUUUAUCAUUGUUUGUCUAAUAAACGAAAAAUUGAAUGUUGUGGUGAAAAUGGAAUUAUUAAAUUAAGUGACAACUCAUAUCAAUGUAAAAAAGAUGAUAAAUAUGUUUAUUAUUCUGAUGAUAAUGUUGCUAAACAAACUACAAUUAACGGAUUUAAAUACAAAUCAGAAUUAACAAAAGGUUUACAAAAAACUAAACUCUCAAGAGUUUCCUUUGAUAACUGGUUUUAUGAAAAAUUUCCUCAACUAUUUGAAAAAUUUUCAUAUCUGUCAUUACCAACAACACAGAUUAAAAUUAAUGAAAAUGAUCGACAAUUUACUUAUUAUAAUAAUACAAAUAAUUUACGUGAAUUUUAUGAAAAUUUAAAUGAUAUUAAAUUGCCUAAUAAAUUUCACUAUAUAUUAACCAAAGAUAAUAGAGAAAAAUGGACAUUGAUUACUAAAAAAGAAUUAUCAGAAUCUCCGAAUAAUAUUAUUGAUUUCAGCUCUAAAAUAAUUCAUUUAUCAGCCUCUAAUUUAAUGACAGAAAUAUCCUCAACAAUAAAAUCCCCUCCUGAUCCUGAUCACAAUAAUGAUAAUGAUGAUGAUGAAAUAUCAUCAUCUGCUAAAAACGUUAAUGAUUAUUAUGAUAUUAAAAUUAUAUCUAAUGAUUAUGGACUUAAAGGUGUGGACUUUUGGAUCAUUUUUAAUGGUAAUAUUUAUAAAUAUAUAAAUGAAACCUCCAAUACAGAAAAAUUAAAUCUUAGUAGUAGAGAAUAUUAUUCAUUUAUUGGAGUAAAAACAACUGCGCCUAAAAAAAUAUCUGAUGAUCAUGAUAUUAAAAUUAUUGGUAAAGCCUUUAGAGAAGUAGAAGGUAUUUAUUAUGCUUUGUGUCUAAAGUAUGAUGAUAACAAAUUUAAAUUUAAUAAUAAUCAAUUUAUUUGCCAUAUAGAUUUAAAGACUUUAUCGAUAACUGAUAAAGAUAUAACUUCUAAAUUAUCUAUUGAUUUAGAAAGACUUAAAAAGGAUGGUGUAUUACCAGAUCAAUCUAAAAUAUUAGAUGAAUUUACUUGGGAUAAAUUAUAUGUUGGAAAAUAUUAUUAUGACCAUGAAAGUAAAAAAUUAAUUGUUUGGCACCAUCAUUUAUUUGUUUUAAAAUUACAAAAUUUUAUAAUUAAAAAAUUAGAAGAUGAAAAAAAAGGAAAUAAAUUAAAUUUUGAUAACAAUGGACAAUUUAUAUAUAAUAAUUAUCCAACAAAUAUUGUUGAUGUAACUUAUAAUAAUAUUUCUCAGGAUAAUUCAAUUUAUAAAACUACAAAUAAAUAUCUAACAGCAUUGGCAACAACAUUUAGCUAUUAUAAUUAUAAUUAUGAAAAACCGGUAGUACACUGGUCAUUGUAUAUUCCAAUUAAUCCGGUAUGUUUUCUAAUAACUCAACAAAAAAUCGAUUCUCCGGAUAAUACUCCCGAUGAAACAACACUUUAUCGAGGACAAUCUAUUUUAAAUUAUUUAACAAUUGAAUAUCCAAAAGUUAAAAAAUCAACAGAAAUAGAAACUCUUCUUAAUAUUAUACAAUUAAAUCAACUUACAUUAACACUUGAUUAA